AUUCCAGAAUUGUUAUUCUAAGAACGACGGACACUGCAAAAGUCGGAUGCACUGUAGAUAUUCGAUUUUUAGCUUUAUAUAACAAUAGUAGGUCUUUCAAAGAGUUGAAUUGGUUACAGAUUGAAUUUGCAACUGUACAUUAAAAUGACUGUGGUUCGAGAGUAAAUAUUUAGUUCAGAGAGAAAUAAAUUAAAUCGACCAAAGUCCAGAAGUUUGAAUCCAUGACAUCAGUAACAGCUUUUGUUGAAGGAUGGGACUUUGUUCAGACUUUGGGAGAGGGUGCUUAUGGAGAAGUAAAGUUGGCAGUUAAUGCAGACACUCAGGAAGCUGUUGCUGUCAAAAUUAUCAACUUGGAGAAAAACCCUGCUGCAGCAGAGGCUGUUCGCAAAGAGGUUUGCGUACACAAGUUACUCGGCCAUGAGACCAUCAUUAAGUUUUAUGGAUUCCGAAAGGACGGGAAAAUACAGUAUCUAUUUUUAGAAUACGCCAGUGGAGGAGAACUCUUUGAUAGAAUAGAACCAGAUGUUGGGAUGCAGCAACAGGAUGCAAACAGAUACUUCAAACAGCUGAUCACGGGUGUAGAAUAUUUACACACCAAAGGUGUUACUCACAGAGACCUCAAACCAGAAAAUCUCCUUCUGGAUGACUUUGAUAAUUUAAAGAUCUCAGACUUUGGACUGGCCACGGUAUUCAGAUACCAAGGAAAUACUCGUCAACUGGAAAAGUGCUGUGGUACUGUUCCUUAUGUUGCCCCGGAGGUGUUGUCAAGGAAACCAUAUGAUGCCGAACCAGCUGACAUUUGGUCAUGUGCUGUAAUUCUAGUGGCUUUGUUAGCAGGGGAACUGCCUUGGGAUGAGCCAACAUAUGGGUGUCGUGAGUACUGUGAUUGGAAAGACUGUAAAAUUACUCAGACACCUUGGAACAAGAUAGAUAAUCUAGCACUGUCAUUACUCAGGAGACUUCUGGUGGAAAAUGGUUCCAAGAGGUACACGAUUAAUCAAAUUAAGGAGCACCAGUGGUUCAAGAAGAACUUCAACAGACCAGCAUUAGGUCAGCUAAAUUGGCUCCCAUCCUCUCCCACUAACUCACCUUCCAGUACUGGACCUUUCAAACGAAUGUGUUCAGAAAAUGAACUCUCACCCACAUCUCACCCUAGAGAAAGUUUUAUGCCCAUCUCCUCCUCCCAGCCUGAAUCCAGACACAGAUUGGGAUCUGAUGGUGAUACGAAUUCCUCCAUGGAGCCCAUUAGUAGACAGUUCUGUUUCUCACAGCCCGUACAUCCAGACCACAUGUUACUGAGCAGUCAGAUUCAGGGAACGCCGGGGUCGUCACAGAAUCCUUGGCAGAAACUGGUUCGUCGGAUGACCCGGUUUUUUGUGAAACCAGAUCGAGAUGGAACGAAGGUGGAGUUAGAAAAAGUGUUCGAGCAAUUGGGGUACAACUGGAAGUUUAACUCUCCUGGGACGGUUACCAUAACGACAUCAGACAGACGACAUAUCCCAUUAGUUUUCAAAGCCUGUCUUCUGGAAAUGGAUGAAAACCUGCUACUAGAUUUCAGAUUAUCCAAGGGAGAUGGUCUGGAGUUCAAGAGACAUUUUAUAAAGAUCAAGAAUCAUAUGAAGGCCAUCGUCAGCAAAGUACCCCCCACGUGGCCUUUGGUACCCUCCCAAAUCAGCUGACAUUCUGUGCCUGUUUCAUUUACUGUCAAUUCUUCACAUGAUUAAACCCAUGAAAUAAAAUCAUAUCGUAUACCAAUAAA